AUGGUCACUAUAACGAAUGCACAUAACGAUGUCAUCCACGAUGCAAUUCUGGAUUAUUACGGAAAGCGUCUAGCAACAUGUUCAUCUGACAAGACGAUCAAGAUCUUCGAGGUCGAGGGCGACUCGCACAAACUAGUUGAAACACUGAUUGGCCAUGAGGGCCCUGUUUGGAGGGUUGAUUGGGCGCACCCUAAAUUUGGCACGAUCUUAGCCUCGUGCUCGUACGACGGUAAAGUUAUUAUCUGGAGGGAGGAAGGUGGUAAGUGGGCGCAGAUUGCCGUUCACGCAGUGCACUCUGCCUCGGUCAAUUCCAUACAGUGGGCUCCCCAUGAAUACGGUGUCAUGCUACUGUGUGGGUCAUCCGACGGUAAAAUCUCCGUGGUCGAGUUUAAGGAGAACGGUGCUGUCGCACCCAUCGUGUUUGACGCACACACUAUAGGUGUCAACUCCGUGUGUUGGGCACCAGCUACUAUCCAGGAGGAGGCUGCCCCGGCAGGCGAGGGGAACGUGACGGUUCAGAAGGAACUGCGUAGAUUUGUCAGCGGUGGUGCCGAUAACCUGGUCAAGAUCUGGAAGUACGACGCAGCCGCUCAGACUUAUAACUUGGAGGACACUUUGGACGGACAUUCUGACUGGGUCAGGGACGUCGCGUGGUCCCCAUCCGUCCUGCUGCGUUCGUACAUAGCUAGUGUCUCCCAGGAUAAGACGUGUGUCAUCUGGACCCAGGAUAAGGACAACGGUGCCUGGAAGAAGACGCUGUUGCAAGAGGACAAGUUCCCAGACGUAUUAUGGAGAGCCAGUUGGUCGCUAUCUGGUAAUAUCUUGGCAUUGUCUGGUGGAGACAACAAAGUCACCUUGUGGAAGGAAAACUUGGAAGGUACAUGGGAACCUGCCGGUGAGGUCGAACAGUGA